UUUAGCCCAAACAAUGAUUUCUCUUCAACUAUUAGGAUGGUUUGUGCUUGCAUUGCACGCUUUUGCUGUGCACGAGUGCUUUGUAAUGAGCAACCAUAACCUCUGUAACUACCUGGUUAAUAUUAACUGUCAACCGUUCUCCGGCGCUACCCUAUGUGCAACCAACCAGAUUACCUAUUCAAGCGAGUGUGAAUUUUCAAAGGCAAUGUGCGCACAAGGUGAUAUCGCUGUGAGCCACUAUGGACCAUGUGACAGUCAGAGGGUUGAACAGGAGCUUGUUCUUAACAUUACGUGUACCGAUAUCCUUGCCAUGAAUUGCAACGCAUUCCCGAAAAAACAUAAAAUGUGCGCGUCAAACGCUAUGACGUAUGAAAACGAAUGUGUCUUUGAAAAGGCCAGAUGCCAGCAUCAUGAAUUGUAUUUGAAGCAUUACGGAAGCUGUACAAUAAACUAACCACACAUAUGUUUUCUUGCAAUGAAUAAAUCUCUU